AUCAAUAUUCUGAUGAUUGUUUGCACAUCGAUUUCUGAUGACUGUUUGCACAUCGAUAUCGUGACGGCUGCAUGCAAAUCGAUGUCAUUCCCUGGUCUUGCACUUUUGCCGCUGCUGAUGAAGGAAACUGCGUUGGCUGAUAUAACAGUUUUGAUGGCACCUAUUAAUUAUGCAUAAUCAUUGAAGAUAGUUUUAUAUUCACAAUGGAUGAACUUGCUAGAUGCAUACCACAACAGUCGCCUUCGAAUGAACCUAUAAAUGACGAUGAACAACAUACACUUCAAAACGAUAUUACAGACAGUGGUGAUGUAUCCUCCAACAGUACAACAUAUUUCAAUAAGUUGGGCUUUAAAAGGUCCGUCACAUUUGAGGAAGAAGACACAAAUCGAGGCACUUCGUUAACUUCUGCAUCACAGCUUGUACCUUCCAUCACUAAGCGAAAUGGUUUACCUCAAGCUUUACGACAUUUGGCUGAGACACGCUUACACACUCCAGCGAAAGAUUAUGCUAAGGUCAAAUUUCUUUCCAUCUGCCCACGUGAAGAGUUGACACUGAAUUACGUAAAUGGUGAAAACGAUAUGGCGGAUAUCGUGGUUUUGAAGAAUGAAAGUGUUAGAAAUGUUGCAUAUAAAAUCAAGAUCACCUCGCCAGAGAAGUUCCGCGUACGUCCAAGCACUGGGACUAUUGCUCCCGGUGCUACUGAAUUCAUCCGAGUUUAUUUACAAAAUGAAUUCCGAAAUUCGGUGCCACGUGAGAAAUUACUCUUAAUGGCAGUCGAAACUAGCGGAGAAAGUGAGGUUUUUGGAAAUGUCUGGAAACACUCGAGUGACGAAGCAAAAAUAGAGCACAAACUGAGGUGUCGAUUAUCUACUGAAAGCGGUAUGACAAUGUCCUCUGCAGAAUUAAUGGAUUCCACUGUAAAUGGAAACGAAAAUAAUCUUCCUACCAGCACAAAGGAGUCACAUUUUAUCACACUUCUUUUUACCAUAUUUUUCCGUAUCACAUUUUUUAAAAUUGGGACUAAUAAUGCUCACGAGAAAAAAGGGUCAUUUGAAGGGUCACAAGGACAGGAAGCUGAAAAAGCUGUUACCCAGUUUCAGGACUGCUGCCACCUAAACCUCGGGCAGAAAUUGUGUUUCUCAGUCAGCUCUGAGAUCUAUCACGUUACCUAUUAG